AUGGAUUAUAAAACUUAUGGUGGUGGAUUUAUGUAUCACAUGGAAAAUAAUAUUGUUCAAGUUGGAUAUGUGGUAGGAUUAGACUAUCAGAAUCCAUAUUUAAAUCCAUACAAAGAAUUUCAGAAAUAUAAACUUCAUCCGUAUAUAAGAAAGUUUCUUGAAGGUGCAAAGGUUACAUGUUAUGGAGCUAGAGCAUUAAAUGAAGGCGGAUAUCAGGAAUGCUUGCAGGAGAAGCAAGCAUAUAAAGCAUUAGCAUAUAAAUCAGAAACUAGCAAUUCUAGUUCCGAGCCAAUAAUCCUUGAUGAGUAUGAAAAGUCAAUUGAGAAUUCGUGGAAUUCAUAUUCAGGAUUGGAUACAUUAUUUUUAAAAGGAAGAGUGCCGUGGACAUUUAAACAUCAUGCUGAUUGGGCUUCUUUGAAACCUGCAAAAAAGUGCAAGCCAAUAGAAUAUCCUAAACCUGAUGGUAAGAUAACUUUUGAUCUUCUGGAAAGUGUGUCAAGGAGUGGAACCAAUCAUUCAGAAAACCAACCUGUGCAUUUGAGGUUGAGAGAUAAGAAAGUACCGGUUGAAAGAAAUCUAAAGAUAUUUGAUGCUGGAGUGUAUGAAUUUGUCGAUGAUGAAACGAAUUCGGAUACAAAGAAAAGACUACAAGUAAAUUCACAGAAUUGCUUGCAUUGUAAAACAUGUUAUAUUAAAGAUGUGUCACAGAAUGUAGGUUGGGUUACUCCUGAAGUUGGCAACAACAACGAUGGUGAUGAUAUUGCCAUUGAAAAAACUGGAAUUUGUAUGGAUUGGCAUCGUUAUGAUCAUUAUGGUAUGCCUGGGCAAUCAAUUGAAUCUGAAUCAGAACAUGAAGAAAUAAUUCCGCUCAGUAUAACACUUGGAAAUAAAAAUAUUAGCAAAUAUUUUGAUAUGAAGCAAGAGGAUUGUGAUGGAUUUGUAUUAUAUGAAGUCACAUAUAACGGAUUUCGUAAAAAUACAGAUUAUUAUUAUGAAACGGAAUUUCGAAGACUUAUAAAGUUUAUUCUAGAUUGUUCGUUGAAUUGUUGGAUAAACCAAUUUGGAAUAGUGGAGAUUUUAAAUUCAAGUUUAACUUAUAGUGUACGUGAACUUCGAGAGUCCAGGGCUAUGUUGUUAUUGGCUCGCAGAGAAACGAUGAAAGAUGCUUUUAUUUUACUUAUGGGCCAUUUGUAUGAAAAUUAUAGUAGAUCAGGAAAAGGAAUAAUCAAAUUUUAUAAUAGAGAUGAACUUUAUUAUGAGUUUACUAAUUUUUAUAGUCCAAUGAAGAAAAUAUUGAUAGACGUUCAAUUUGAAAAUCCAACAAUUCGUAAAAGAAUUCAAUAUGCAAAAUCAGCAAGAGAAGUAUUUUUAUUUGCUAGAUCAUGUGAUAAAGAGAAAAGAGCAGAUUGGGAAUCGGCGGUGUAUUGGGGAGAUGGUGGGAAUGGCGAGGGAUUGAAUAGAUUAGGUCAACUAUUAAAAGAAGUCAGGUCAGAGAUUUUUCGAGCUGAGCUUGACAGAUUAAUUAAUGAAAAUGAUGGAUUAAGAUGUCAAUAUCAAAGAUGGCUUGUGCGUAAAUUACAAUAUUUAAAUCACUUGAACUUUGACGGUGGUAAUAAUAAUGUUAAAUCAUAA